AAACUAUAUCGCAUGUUGUGCUUAUGUGCUAGUUGGAAUAAAUAAGUAGGAUACCCGAUUGCGAUUCGGAGAAUAAUACAUCAUGAGGGACUCAAUCCAGAAUAUACAGCUUGAACCAGAACGGAAACACAGAAGUCUGCGAAUACGUAUGUGUGAAAGCAAAUUAAUGAGAAUAUUAUCGAGUUCAAACUCAAAGGGAUCGAGCUUCAGCAAUGCGGUGGAUAACCAAAUCAUGAAUGUGGUCAUACCGGCACGGCGUUCGUGCCUAAAGCCCAAAUCACAAUACGCAGUUCCACCGCUCGGUGAUGAAAGCAUGGCAUCAUUCACGCGAGACUUUCUUAACCCGGAUGUGCCUGAGGGCGUAUUUGAUGUGCCAUCGACGAUUACUGCCUUGUACACACCGAGAUCGAGCCGCGAAGAGAAUUUACCGGUAUCUCGCGCAAAGAGGAAGACGGUCUUACGUUCACAAAACAACCGAUACAAAGAAGAACAACAUGUGUUCGCCGAUAAAUUGCCUGUCAAAGCUUCAGAUAGGUGCGGAAACAGUUCUUUUGGUCGUAGAAGUGAAACUGAUUCCCUGGACGACAGGAUAAGUGAUUUGGCCUCCGAAGAGUCGCCAUCGAUUGUAUGUCAUUUACGUAGGUCCACAGUACCUAGUAGGUUGCACAUGACAUCGCAAAUUGAUGCCCACCCUGUUAAAUCAGUCGCGCCUGUUGGCACCCGAAAAAUAGCUCGAGAGCGGCCAAUAUUUGAUUUGGUACCUGCAAGGCGACCAUCUCAGGUUGAGAAAGGGCCGGUCGCUUGCCAAACAGCUACUACCGACAUCGUGGUGAAUGAGAAUGCUUCUGAGACACACCGUGCAAGCAGAGCUUCAGUUAGAUAUAUCUCUCAGAAGUCAGAGGGACAUGCAACCGCUGAAGCCAGUAAGAGAGUCACACCUGGUGCUCGCCCAAGACCACGAUCAGUGAGCCUCACUCAUGAUACCCGGGUGGUGGACCAGCGCGAUCUCCAGGAAAGGCCUAUGCUACUAAAAGUAGAAAUGGACAGGAAUGCAGACCUUGUUAUCCAGUUGAAAUCGCUGGAGUUAGCCGAAGAAUUGGUAGAUUGCCCAGACUCUGCUGAUGUGAAAAGGCUCAAACCUCGAGCUCUUCCCAGGCCAAAAUCAAUGUUUGAUCCGUCACUUCGUCGAAAGGUACACGUCCAAGACUCAAGCUGUCUCAGUGAACUUACGAAAAGGCGCUGGGGUUAAGCAAAAUUUGUCACAAAGGUGUAUCGCAAUAAAAAUGUAGUCAAUAGACAAAGCACCAGGUGCCAAUUUGUGAUAAUCCUGUUCGAAGUCAGUAUAUCAAGUUUAGGGAUAGUCAAAAGUCUGAAACCUGGUUAAAUGCGCC